AUGCCGACCCAACCGCUGUACCCAGCCUAUCUCCCGACCAGGCCAGACGGCUUCCAGCCGACAAUCGAUGUGCCGUUCUUUGAGGCCGAAGAACCCGGUGUGCAGGCCAAAGCCUCCCCCUCCUCCAUCUUCCGGGACGGCGGCGGCGGCGCCAGAGUGGAGAACAUCACGCCCCGCGUCGGCGCCGAGAUCCGGGGCAUCCAGCUUAGCCAAUUAUCCAAGGAGGGGCUCGAUGAGGUUGCGUUAUUCGCGGCCGAGCGAGGUGUUCUUGUUUUUCACCCCACGAUGGGAUAUCCCAAAGGCACCGGCCCAGACUUCCACGUCGUCUAUGCCGAUGAGAAAGCAGGCAACCUCCGCACCCUCCUCGGCCCCCGCACAACCUACGACCUAUGGCACAUUGACCAAACCUUCACACCCAACGUCCCCUCAACAACCUUCUUCUGGGUCCUCGAGCAACCGGCCUCGGGCGGCGGCGACACGGCCUUCACCUCCCUCACAGCAGCCUACGCCGCCCUCUCCCCCGCCUUCCGCCGCACCCUAGGCGGCCUGCGCCUCCUCCACACCUCGGCGUCGGUCGGCGAAGUCGCCCGCGUCGGCGCCGAGCGCGCCCUCCGCGAGGCCGUCUCCACCACGCACCCGCUCGUCAUCCGGCACCCCGUCACAGGGCAGCCGAGUCUGUUUGUGAAUCCGACGAUUGCGCGCGCGGUAGAAGGGUUCCUGCCCGACGAGUCGGACGCGCUGUUGGGGUUCUUGCAUAAUCACAUCAAGAGUUUGGAUUUCAGCUGCAGGGUGCGGUGGGAGCCCGGGUCGGUCGUGGUGUGGGAUCAGAGGAGCGUUGCGCACAGUGCCGUGCCGGAUUUCAAGGAGGGGGAGAGGAGGCACAUGGUGAGGAUUAUACCGUAUGGAUCGCGGCCUGAGCCUGCUUUUCCUGAGGAGCAUAAGCGGGGUGGAGGGGAAUGA